GGUUGCUAAAGACAAACAUGAAAACAUGAAAUGGGAAUACGUCGGCAACGAUCUUAGUGAUGGCGUUCCAUAUGAAGACCCUCUUCGGUUGUGUCUCUGCGAUUUCAUUGAUAUGCAUCGUUUUUUAUGGAAUGAACAAUCUGCCGUCGACAGCUCGCUGUCCUACCGUAGAGCGCAAGAUAACAUCCACAAGGAAUUUGAAGUUCGAAAGAGCUGACAUUUUGUCAGCUGGAGAACGAAAAGCAGACCAAACAGAGUAUCGGUUUGUAAAUAUAUCAUCACAACCAGAGAACCUUCCAAGCUUGAAGAGUCAAAAGCCGCCAAAACAUCAGAAAAAGCAAACAUGCUCCCCGACAAAUCAUGUCCUGUUUCUAAAAACUCACAAAACUGGUAGUAGCACAAUCACAAAUAUUCUUAACCGAUAUGGAGACAAAAAAAACUUGACUUUUGUGCUACCGAGGCAGAAGCAGCUUUUCACAUUCUUGUGGCCAGCAAGAUUUCGCGUCUCCUACAGUGCACCUUUGUACAAUUUUGGGGCAAAUAUUCUCUGCAAUCACGCGAGGUUUAACAAAAGACCAAUGAAUUAUAUAUUUCCAAAAGUGCACAGUCGCUACAUAACAAUACUCAGGGAUCCGGUUUCCCAAUAUGAAUCUGUGUUUAAUUUCAUGCAUUUUGCGAAGCCGUUGGGUUUUAAGGACGAAGAAGACCCUCUUGGAACGUUUUUAAAAUUUCCACCACCGUUUCAAGAGAUAAAACCUUUGAUGAAAACAACUUUGGCCCUUAAUUUAGUGCGUAACCCGAUGCUUUUCGAUCUUGGUUUGGAUUUUCGAUACUUCCAAAAUGUGACUGCGGUUAAGCGAUACAUAAAUUUCUUGGACAAAGAAUUUGAUCUGGUCAUGAUUCUAGAACAUUUCGAUGAGUCCCUGUUGCUUCUAAAACGACUUUUGUGCUGGGAGUUGAAAGAUAUUUUGUACUUCAAAUUGAACGAGCGGCAAGAUAAGCAGAAGCAGAAAGUUAUAGAUAAGGAAGUUAGAGAGGAUAUAAAGAGCUGGAACAAGGCCGAUUUUAUGCUGUAUCAGUAUUUCUAUAGAACGUUCUGGAAAAAAGUCAAAGCUCAGGGACCGAGUUUUCAAAAAGAACUCAGGAUUUUUAAACGUAGAAAGGAAGCCUUGUCAAGAGCUUGUCUGCAAAAAGGAAACUUCUUGGACGAGGCGUACACUGGAGUUUACGUAAAAGGCUACUCCCUCAAGAAAAACGUCCCCAUGAGGAAGAGAAAGCUUUGCGAAAACAUGAUGAAAAAUGAAAUUUCGUAUGUAAAAUACUUCAGAGAGAAGAUAAACAAUCAAGUGAAGAAAAUCGAAGAACCAGACGAGUAUCUUGAUGAUCCUAAGAAUGACUGGGAAGUGGCCAGCGAUCUGGAACAUGAUCCUAUUCUAUCAGGAGUUGGAUCAGCCGAUGCAGCUCCUGUUGUGCCAAAGCCUGACUCCUUGCAGGGAGGGGAGACAAAGCCAUAGAACAAGUUCCAUGUGAAGAACAAGUGCAAUCUUAGAAUUGCAAGUCAAGAUUGUUGUAAAUAUUUUACCACAGCUAUGUUACUAUUUUUUAAGUUGAGCUUGAGAGGCACGUGGGUUGCGUUGUUCAAAACACAAUUAAGCUAACCGUGGGUUAGCCGACGAUUUCUGAUUUAGUCUUAAUUUGUAGCUUUGCAGACAACUUUAAUUGUUAUGUGUUUCCCUCAGUUGCGUCUUACAUCAUCCUCUUUUUCGUUCAUAUCGUCUCUCGGCAUUUCACGAUAAAUCAAUGACAAGAGUUAAUCCUUGACCAAACCAAACCUAACUAAUAGACGCUUAA